UAAGAUGUAAUCUCAAAUGCAAAUGACUAGUGCCUUAUUUAAAACACUUGCAACUGAAAAAGCUUCUGAAUGAUGAAUAAAGUACAAGCGCUAAAGACAAGAUUUGAAAAAUUAAAUUCUGAAGUUGUAGAGUCUUUAGAUAUAACACCGAUUAGCGUAAGACGUGAACCAGCAAUUAAAUUCACUCGUUCAGCUACUUGUAUUGACUUCAGAAAUUUUAAAGUGGAAGAAAAUUCAAAGCAAUCCACCAAAACAAUUCAACCAAAAUUCCAGUUCCAGCGUCAAUCGAGUAACUCGAGUAAUUCAUCAAAUAAAAGCAUAAGAAGAUCGCCAGCGUUUCGAUUCGAUGCUCAAGCGCGACCAAGUGUUGUUAAGUCUUUGACAAAAGAAGAUUCAGUGAAGAAGAAAAUUGAAUGCGAAGAGUUGGAAUAUUUAAGCACGUCAGCAACGAUUAAGAAAGCUUUGCUCAAGCCAUUACCCACUGGAUCACCACCUAAGAAACCACCAAGAGUGUUUCAACUGACGGCACUUGAAAGGAAGAAAGAUAUUGUAAAAAUCAGCCCGAAUACAAUUCCAAAGAAAACUUCAAAGAACGAAGAAAAGAAAGCAAUUAGCAGUUUCCUCAGUUGCAUCGUUUCACCUUGCACAAUCGAUCCAAUCUAUUACGAACAAAUUAAAAAAGAACAGAAAGAAGAAACAAUCUAUAUGGAACCUUACGCUCAUUUAAAACAAGAUUUUAGUCCUAAUAAUGGAACACAAGCAAAAGCGCCCGAAGAACUUCAUUACAUGUGUACAGUUUUAGAUUCCAGUUCAUCUGAUAUGAAUGGAAAUGAUACAAAAGAAGAACAAAGAAGAAGACGAUCAUUGGAAUCAUCGGAUAUUGAAGAUUAUGAAAAGAUAAAUCUUCUCUUCAACGUUGUGUACGAUGAGAAACAUCGUGAUAACAUUAUUGAUGAAACAUCACAUUCAUCGAAUGAGUCAACUAAGAGUCCAACACAUCGUGGAGUUUCACGAACAUUGACCGAGAAACGAAAAAAUUAUGUUCGUCGAAUGACUCAAAUUUCGAUAAAUGCGAAUGUUAAUGAUAAAAUUCCCAUGACUUAUGGAAGUUUAAAGCAACUACCAUCAGCAGCAUCUAAAAUAUCGCAAUUUCAAAGUAUUAUCGACUCUAAUAAAGUGAAAGAAUCAAAAAGUGAUGAACGUAGUAAGAUGAACGAUAAACUCUUCGAUAUGGCGUUGUUAGUUGGUUUUGAUGUCACUAAAAUGAGUGCUUAUAUAAAAACAGUUUUUCCAAGGGCUGCAAAACCCCCACCGAUGAUAGAACAAUUCAUUUAUCCAACUGACAAAACGCCGUCAGAUUUAAUGACAAAAGAUAAUCAAAACUUUUCACUCAUCUUAACUAAUGAAUAUGGUGAACAUUUGUAUGGAUAUUGUCGACAAGUUGUGCCUGAAGGCUUUGAGAUUUGCUUACCAUUGACGUAUUGUAUUAUCAGCAGUGUAAAAGCGACAGGAUUUUACUUUAAUGUAUUGAAAGAAAUUGAAGCGCGACACGGUCAACCCGACACGCAAUUCACUUUUCUCCUUCGUCAACUUCAGAAUCAAACAAUUCCAAAGAGUGGAAAAUAUCUUCAUACAAAACUGAUGGAAUCGCCAAUGGCUAAAAAGCUUCCAGAGAUUCCAAAGAAACCUGAUCGCGAAACAAUUCAAAAGUCACAAACACGAUUCAACAAGCGAUUAAGUUUGGAAUCCCCCGAGUGGUUGAAAAUGGAAAAUUCUUCAGAAAUAUCGAAGAAUUCCAUUGAUCUUGGUUUAAUUAAUCGCAGCUUACUCGAUGGAGGAAAACGAAUUGAUGAGAUUUUGAUAAGACGACCAAAUGAUCUUCGAUUGGAAAAUCGUGAGUUGAGCGUUCUCUAUGAAAGCACCACAAGUGAGUUGCUUGUUGUUAUUUUUGGGUCACUUUUAAUUGAAAGAAAAGUAAUUUUGAUUGGGAGAAAUCUUUCGAAAGUUUCAUCAUGUGUCAUGGCGUUGUAUUCGAUUCUUUAUCCGUUCCAGUGGCAACACACAAUCAUCACAAUCACUCCUGAUAAUCUCAGUGAAUUAAUUCAAGCUCCCUUCCCAGUGCUCGCUGGUAUACUCAAAGAUUCUGUAAAUGUAACUUCGCUUGAUAUCGAAGAUGGAAUUGUAGUAGAUCUGGAAACGAAAUCAUUGCUUAGAAAAUGUGGCGAUGAUACAACACUCGUACCUGAAACUUUGAAGAAGUCUUUGAUGUUGUCGCUGAAAAUUGUUGAUGCCUUAGAUCGCGGAAAAAAUUUGUCAAACGUUCUCAUCGCAGAAGCUUUUCUUCAAUUCUUUGUUAAAAUCUUUUCGAAUUUGAGUACAAAAAAUUAUAUCAAAGAAACUUUUAUCGAGUCCCACAGCGAUCAAGCAGUGAAAUUCUUCCUUGAUUGGUUUUUAGAGACAAUAAUGUUUAAGGAAUUUUUUCGAAAAAAAACUGAACAUGAUAAACAGAGAGAUGAAGGCGCGACAGCAUCAAAUUACUUUGAUCUUUUUAACACAAAAGUUCUCGAGAAGUCAGCGACAAUCAGCAAUCAACAACAAAGAAAAAAUGUUGAACUUCUUAUGAAAAACUCACGACAAUUAAACAAGAGACGAAAUUUUAAGGAUAGAAUUAAAGAUUUUCUAACCAGCAGCUAAUUUCGAAUGAAUUUGCCAGAACGAUAUUUCAUAACAUUUCCAUUAACAUUUAAAUAACUUUUCUUCCUCUCUAUCAUCAAUGAAGAAACGUGAAAUUUCCCUCCGUCCCUGUGCAAAUAAAAAUGAAUUAAGACUCUUUCGACUGUUGACUUGAAUUAGAUAGAUAUUAUAAAAAGAAACAUUAAUAAUCAUUUGAUUUUAAAUAGUAUUCGUAGAUAUUUUAAUAAACAUUUCAUUUUUUCUUCUUUUGUGCCUUGGCUUUGAUAUGAGAAUCAAAAAAUAAAAUUAGAAAAUUUAUUAUUCAAAGUUUAUUAGGUAUUUUAAUGAAUUUUUAGAUCAAAUUUGUAAAAGCAAAACUUUAGUUUCAAGGAAAAUUUUCUUUCAAAAGUUUUGCUUGUAGAAAUUUAACUUCAUGAUUUGGCGAAUAUCCGUGGAAAUGGGAAAAAUCUUUAAAUCAGUUUUCACAAUACAUUCUAUUAAUCUUCGCUAAAUCUCCUUCACUUAAACGUCUUCUUUGUCCCAUCAAAUUGUU